AUGAGCGACCCAACCGCCGCGACCGCCGUAGACACCCGCGACCGGGGGCCCGAGUUCGUCGCAGUUGCCGUUUCCCUUACCGUUUUCGCUUCCAUCUUCGUCGUCGCCAGGCUUUGGACGCGCAUCUUCAGGACCAAGGCCUUUGGCUGGGACGAUGGCUUCAUCAUCGUGGCCUGGGCCGCGACCAUAGCAACCACCUCCCUUGGCGUCGCCAGCACGACCAACGGAUACGGGAGGUCGAUCAUGACGAUCCCUCCAGCGCAGAUCCCCGAAGCCAUGAAGUUCUCCAACUUCGGCAUCCUCACCAACGGCGUGGCCAUGGGCACCAUGAAGAUGAGCAUCGGCUUUUCCAUGCUCCGCAUCCAGCUGGCCAGGACCUUCACCAUCGUCGUCUGGUUCACCAUGGCCCUCUCGGUGCUGGUCAACCUGAACGUGCUGGUGGGCUGCUUCAAGAGCUGCACCCCCAUGGAAAAGAUCUGGAACAUGAGCAUCCCCGGCACCUGCUGGCCGACCCAGGUCAACGUGUCGCUUGCAUACCUGCAAUCCUCCGGCAAUAUUCUUACCGACCUUCUCCUCACUUUCGGGCUGCUGGUGUGCCUUACAAAGCUGAAGCUGUCCAUGUACAACCGAUGGGCGCUGAGAGGCGUGUUCCUGAUCGGCUUAGUCGCCACGAUCAGCGGCAUCGUGAAAAUCACCAAGCUCCCGGACUUGAUGAAAACAACGAAUCCCACCUUGGACGGCGUCGAGCUGAGCAUUUGGGUCAGCGUCGAAAUGAACUGCGGCCUCUGGGCAGCCAGUCUGCCCCCGCUCAAAGCGUCAUUCGAAGGCAUCCUCAGCCGCUGGUUCGGCGUGCACAUCGGCACCGGCACCGGCACCUCCCGCUACGGCACCAACCAGAAGUACGCCAAGUACGGAUCGCGGCACUCGCGCGCGUCCCGGAUCCCCGAGCCCGACGUCUUCGACGGCAGCGCGGAGUCGAAGACCACGGGCAACUCGACCUUCGUGCUCGAAACAAUCAGGCCCAAAGCCGCCAGCGAAGACGGCAUCAGCGUCGAAUCGGACCAGCGGCAGAUCCUGAGAGAUGGCGGCUCGCCGGGACAGGGGGGUCACGGCCAGUUCCACAUCACAAAGACGGUGGAUUAUACCGUGAGCGACGAGGAGCUGGGGCACGGCAGGAAGUAA